AUGAUUGAUGAUGGUUAUAUCCGCAAUUCAACUCGUGGACUUUUCUCUUCUAUAAAAUCAUAUAGAAAAGAUCUUCAUUUAAGUUGUAUUAAUAAUCAAUGUAAAUCUUCACGUUUAAUUAAAAAUAAUUUUAGUUCAGUUCGCCAUGCUUAUAUUGGAAAUCACUAUAAGUCCUUAUUAUCGACAACAGUCAGUGCUGAAUCAGUUUCUAUUACAAAUGUAAUUCAACUUACCUUUGACGAAGAUACUCCAUUAUAUGAUGAUUUUAUUCAAAAUCUAUCAAAUAGUUCUAUUCAUUUAUCACAAAUAACUAAAAUGACAUUUAAUAAACGAACUAUGUCAUGUGAUAUUAUAAUUAAAAUAUUACAAGAUUCUCAACCAAUUAUUAGUUAUUUAUUAAAUAAAAAGGAAAAUAAUUCUUAUUUACAUUUAUUAAAUAUUCAAAGUUCAAGUGAUCCAUGGGAUGUGAAAAUUAUUAAUUUAUUAACAGCUGUUCGUCAAUUAAAUGAAGUUUCUUAUGAUAUGACUGGUUUUUUUCAUUGUUUUUCAUAG